AUGUCUAGCAUUUUUAAAUCUAACUAUUCUCGAAAACUCAAAUCUGAAGAGUUGACAGGAGGUAAAUUAGAAGUACCUUAAGAAGAUUAUACAUGUUAGGGAAAAUAUGAUAUAGUGAAAAGAUAAACCUACUUUUCAGCAUUACAAAUACUAUUAGGCAUAGCUCUUUCAGUAUGUGGAUUCUUCUUAAAUUAUCAGUUUCCUUUUUUCGGUAAUCAAAGCAUAUUCAUAAUAGGCAUAGGAAUUACACUUUUCGGAUUAGUUGCACUAAUAUGGUGUAUGAAAGAUGUUAAUAAAAUUAAAGAUAAACUAAAUAUUGAAUAUUGGUAUAACACACAAGAUCAUACCCUCUCUAAGAUAUUAUUUAUAGCUUCAAUCAUAAAGGCAAUAUUUUUACUUACUACAGUCAUUACACUCUUCAUUUAUAAAAGCACAGCUAAUAAUUAUUUUUAAGCCACCACUCAGUCAGAUGAUGCAAGUUAGCUACAGAGCAACAUUAAUUAGUACAAUCUUUUCUUUCAAAUCACUAUUGCUAUUUCACUUGCAAGCAUAAUUAUUUUGGUUUGCACAACAUAUUCUGCAUAUGCUUUCUCAAACACAGCAACUUCCUUCAGAAUCUCUUUGUAUGCUUUUACUCUUCUCAAUAUAGCUUUUUGUGGAGGAAUGAUUUAUGCUACUUUAUCAACUUAGAAAAUAGAAAAUAUUCACUCUUUGCAGGGAAUUGCUGAUUUUUGGUCUAUUAGAGUUAUAUUUUACAUAACAGGUGUAUAUUUAUCUACUUUAAUAGCCAUUUUAAUUACAAAUUUCACAAAAUCAAUGAAUCAUUAUAUGUCUAUGGGCACUUUGCUUUUACUGAUUUGUGUGGUGUUUGUAUCUUUCAAUGGUAAGAUUUAUAGAAAUGCAAGAGAAGUUAGCAACUUUGCUUAAAGUAACUGCUAAAAUGAAAUGCAGAUGAUCCAUUAAGAUUUUUUGGUAAAAUCUGGUUGCCCCAAUAAAUAUAUUUUCAAAUAAAAAGAUCAAGUCUAUCCUGAUUGUGAAAUGGACUAAUAAACUGUUUUUUGGGAAAAUGAUUUAGACAAACAAAACUAGGACAAACUUAAUUAGAUCUAGUGUCUAAAUAAGAAAUGUUGUGGCAUAACAGGAAAGUUAUAUGCAGAUUGGUUUUAUGUAAUAGCUACUUUAGGCCAAUUAAUUUCUUAGCAAAGCUUUGUUAUCAUCGGAAUUUGUUACUAUCUAAGUACAAGAUAUUCUGGCAGCAGCUCAUAUUAUAAAAAGUUAGAAUGUCUGUUUUUGGUUUUAGGUAUGUUAGUUUUAUCAGCAUGGGUAUUCCUAGUUGUUUACUAUCAAUAUUAGCCUAUUUCAUAAAAACCAGGGCUUCAAUCUUAACUAGAAAUUCCUGAUCCUACUGCAGAUACUUAUAAGCUUUAUUAGUAUGCAGAUGUAACUAAGAGAAUUUAGUGUGAAAAGUCUUUUUCUUAAUACUUUAACAUUUACUAUUAAACUUAAUUUUCUAAAAAUGAAAUAUUUGAAUGUGUUGAUGAUUGCUAAACAGCUAUAAUUAGGGUCUCUGUAACUGCUACAUACUACAAAAUAAUUCUCUCGUAAAGUUUUAAUGAUCCUCAUAUCAAAAUUUUCGAUUCCAGAUUCUAAUCAGUGUUUAAUGUGGGAGAUAUUCAACCUAACACAGAUUUUGUAGCUGCAGAAGGCACAAUUUCUACUGUUAAAAAUUUUUUCAUGCAAAAUGUUUGUCUGUACUCUUACGAACCCCAAGCUAACCAUAAUUUAAUAGUAAGAGUGUCUAAAAUUAGUCCUACUACAGGAAGUAUUCUUAAAAAAAUUGAUUUUAAACCUUCUAAAUCAGUAUUGAAAAAGAUCAAUAAAAAAAAUAAUUAAUUAGAUGUAAGUUAUUCUCAAACUUUUGAUGAUACGAAUGAGUAACAAAUAAAUAAAAAUGUAAGCUUUUAAUCAGUACUAAUUACUGUUAAAGAUGCUGAAACUAAUCAGGAUAUAUAAAAUAAAUUAAUAAACUUAUAAGUACACUUCCAUCAUCAAGAAUGUAUAGAAUAAAAUAAUACUCCUUCUGUCGAGUUGUCAGGAAUUUAAAGCCAAUUUUUAGUAAAAAACUUGUACACAAACACUUACACAAUUUUUGUUAAAGUUGAUGGAUAUAAUUACUCUUGCAAAAGAAUAUAAUUAACAGAGCAUUAUUAAACAACAGAAUAGAUAGUUUACUUGAAUAAAAACUUACAAAACAAAGAGAUGAGAGUAGUUUUAGAGUGGAAUAAAAAUAACUUUGCCUAAUUGGAUUUAUUAGUCACUUUAUCAACUGACAAAUCAACUGAUUGUAUAGCUGGCUAUUUCAAUGAGAAUUGCCAGAAAAUCUAUUACGAAAGAAAAAGCUAGCAUCCUUAUUAUUAAAGUAUUAAAAUUGAUAAACUAGGUGCUAAUGAUUAUCUCUUCUACAUAAAGCAUAAUUUAUCUUAAAAAUCAUACAACGAUCUUGUUGCUUCUGGCAAAAAGAACCUAAAUUAAAUUUUAGCAGAAUCUGGUGCUCACUUCUCAAUUUAUGUAGCUGAUCUUGAGUACCCUGUCUAUGAAAGUGGUAUAGCAUAUUUUGAUACUAACAUUUCAACAGACGAGAAUUUAAUUUGGCUUGUAUCUUGUAUGAAUGGAAUUUAUGGAAAUUAAGUAUACUCUUUAAAUCAGUAUUGGACAAUUAAAUCAACAAACGAAUUCAUUAUAAAAAGUUCUGGCUAAGAACUUCCAAGCUCUGAAAUCUGCUCCAACUACCUCAAGUCUAUGUUUAAUUGA